AUGGAUGGCGUCAGGGCGGUCGAGCCACUGGCAAUGGAGAAGACAUGGUUGCAGCUUGGGUGUGGGCAGUUGAUUGAGGCCAACGUCCCAUCUCCUACUACGGGGAGUAGUGAGGUGACGGCGUCCAACCAUGGUGCCAAAGGGACACCUUUUUCGGGACCGUGGUCGCGGAUCCCGAUGCCGGCUUUUGGCGAUGGUCCCCUGUCCACACGGGCGGUCCCAGGUCCCAGGUCCCCUGGUCAUGGUUCCCAAUGGAGCUGUGGUGAUAUCUCAUGCCGUCGUGGGCGGGAGUUUGGCACAGGAAGAGUAGCGGAACCGACAGUCGCUGGCCGCGCUCAGCGUCCCAAACCAGGUGCGUGCCAGCAGUGA